UGGCCAGCUGGACACGUCGGACAUCUCAGCGAUUCGCAAACCUCAGCCCUCGAAAAGUUCAAGCAACUCUGCCAGGAAAAAGGCUACUACACGCCGUCGAAGGACAGCACUCCCGCGAGCCACGAUGACGAGACAAUGCUGCGCUAUCUGCGCGCGAGAAAGUUUGUGCCCAACGACGCGUUCACACAAUUCAAAGACACAGAAGAUUGGCGACAAGAGACAGGCCUCGAGAAUCUGUACGAGACAAUCGAUAUUCAAGAGUACGAGGCGACAAGGAGAUUAUACCCACAAUGGACAGGCCGAAGAGACAAUCGCGGCAUUCCCCUCUACGUCUUCGAAGUCGCGAAUCUCAACACCAAAGCAUUGACUGCAUAUGAAAAGGACGACGACGCGAAGGCGAAGAAGGCAGAUAAGAAGAGCAAGGCGCCGAAAAAGAUGAUCAGACUCUUCGCUCUCUACGAGAACAUGUGUCGCUUCGUCCUCCCUCUCUGCGCCGCGAUUCCCAAUCGUCCUAACAUUGAAACGCCCGUCAGUCAAAGCAGCAACAUUGUCGACAUCUCGAAAGUCAGUCUCCGUCAGUUUUGGAACCUUCGCGGCCAUCUCCAGGAUUCGAGUGCAUUGGCGACAGCACAUUACCCGGAAACUCUCGACCGCAUCUUCGUCAUUGGCGCUCCCGGCUUCUUCAAUGUCAUCUGGGAUUGGGCGAAAUCCUGGUUUGAUCCCAUCACCGUCGCGAAGAUUCAAAUUGUGCCCGAUAAGCAAAUGCUCGAGACCCUCUCGCGAUUUAUACCCGUUGAGAAUAUUCCCAAGAAGUACGGUGGAAAGCUGGAUUGGUCGUUCGGAGACAUGCCGCACUUGGAAGCGGACAUUGCAAAUGCGAUGAGGUGGAAGGAUGAGACAAUGGAGAGAAAUUUCAAGACAUUUCCUAUUGGACCCAUUAAGUGGAUGCAUGAUGACGAGGGAGAUCUGGUGGCUAUGGCUAUCGGGAGUGAAGGUGGGCAGAAGAGGCAGAAUGUC